GCAAGCCCAGGUAAAUGCAAUAGCGCAGGUCACAGUUAAAUCAAAAGUAAAAGCUUUGCACAAGAAGUAAGAAAGAAGAUUUGUUCUGAGCGACAUCGCACCACGUUCAAAAUGGCUUCAGAGCUGUCUUGGCAGAUCAAGUGUUCGAUGUGUUUGAAUGAUUUCACCGAUCCAGUGACGCUGUCCUGCGAGCAUUCCUUCUGUCGACUAUGCAUCACCGGCCACAUGCAAGGCAACAUGGGCCAGAACCCCUGCCCUGAGUGUCGCAGGCCUUACACUGAGAAAGACCUGCAAUCCAGCCGACUUCUGAGAAACAUGACUGGUGCUGUGAGACAGCAUCUUACAAAGCAACAAGCCCAGAUGGAUACUUCUCCCACACAGGCACCGCAAGCCCUGGCUGACAUGCUGAUGUGUACCGAUCAUGAAGAGAAGCUCAAGCUCUUUUGCGAAACAGACCAAAAACUUCUGUGUGUAGUGUGUCGCGAUGGAGAAAAGCACAAAGGCCACCAGUUCAAACCUGUGAAGGAGGCUGCUCAAAUAAUCAAGGGGACACUAAAGGGUGUUAUGUGCUUCCUCAUCAAAGAGAAUGAACAGCUGAAUGGUUUGGCCCAAAAACAGGCAAUUGAAGUAACUAUGACCCAGACAAAGGGAAAAAAUCUAUCAGCCCAAAUAUCUGCUCAGUUUGAGGAGAUGCACUGCUUCCUAAAGAAGAAAGAGGCGGAAAUAAAAAAGCAGCUGGAGGCUCAAGAGCAGACUGUUGUCACAGCUAUGUGCAAAAACUCCUCCAUGAUCAGUGAAAGAAUGAUGAAUGGGAAAGAGUUAGAGUGCAUUUUCCAGUCUGCAUUGGAUAUUAAUCAACCUGACCUCUUUUUACAGUGGUGGAAUGAGAAUGGAUUUCGUCGUAUAGAAGCAAUGAAAAUAAAAAACAACGAAAAUUCACAUAUCAAGUACGAGACACGACUAGAAGGUCUUAAUGUGAUUUCAAACUCCUUCUUCUUUGGCCCUUAUGAGACUCACCUCCCGUUCUUUGUAUGCAAAGCCAUGCUAAGAGCUGUCAAGCCAGUUCCAGAGCUUUUAAGCAUAAAGGAUCCUGGAGACUCUUACUUGAAGGUAUCACCAGGAGGAUCAAGUGUCCGACAGGCAGACAGACAGUCCAAUUAUUACAAGGACUACAAUCCAGGUGUGGUCUCUGAACAGACCUUCCAGUCUGGCCAGCACUACUGGGAGAUAGAAGUUGGGAACAAGUUAGACUGGAGCAUAGGCAUAAAGACAGAUGUGAAAAUAAGCUCGAAAAAAAAAUGGAAAAAAUCUGAUUCAAAAGAUGUAUAUCUCAACCUUAUUGAUGGUCAAGGAUAUACACUAAGCUCGAAUGGCAAAGAGGUUUCCGUCGAGGUCAAGAGAAAGCCAAGUAAAAUAGGGCUCUAUCUGGACUGUGACAGAAAACAGGUCUCCUUCUACGAUGCAGAUAUCAUGACUCUGAUUGUCGUGACCCAAUACAAGUCUACCCUGCCCUGCUCUGUUGCUCUUUUCCCAGGAAUUUACCUGAGUGGAAAGAACAUUGACCCAGUUACAAUAUGUUCAUAUGGGUCGGAUUCUGCAUGCAGUCCAUGAUACCAAAAAAUAAUUCUCACCGAUCUAAAACGUCCCAGAUCUUUUAGAUGUCUUGCCUAAUGAGGAUAAUAAUUUGGGGUUUUAGACAAGGCUGUAACAAGUAUCCAUGCAACCAUUAAAAAAAAUAUCCAUCAUAUUUCUGCUUAGGUUUGAACAGACAAAGGGGGAAACACAAAAAUCUGAUUACAAAGCAGACACCUGCUUGUAUUGAAAUGCAAAAUUAUUCUCCUUUCCUUGAGGAGGUUAUUAGAAAGAUAAUGAAUAUUAAUGAGCAAUGGGGGUCUGCCUCAUGGAUAUUAAUGACUAUCCAUGAGAGAAAACCUAAAAGAUAUAUACAUAUAGAUAUAGAUAUUGUUAUAGACUUUAAUGGAUAUGAAUAUUUUGUGGACACCUGACAAUAAAAUUCAUAUGUGAUUUUAGACAUUCCACAUUGAGUCCGCAUUUGCUGUUAUCAUAACCUCCACUCUUCUGGGAAGUUACACUAUAUUUUGGAGUGUGCUUGUAAAGAUUUGUGCUUAUUCAGACAUUUAUUGAGUGUUAGUAAAGUCAGUUGUUGUACUGAUGUAGAUUCGGUGAUGGAGGCCUGGGGUGAAGUCAGUGUUCCAAUUCAACCCAAAGGUUUUCAAUAGCAUUAAGCUCAGUGUUCUAUAGCAGGCCUCUCAAGAUUUUCCACUCCAACCCAUG